UCACAUCAAGCGGGAAGCAGGCUAGCAACAGCAAGCGGGCUAGGUAAAUAAGCAAAGGGCUAGCAGGCUGGCUAAAUAAAACGCCGCCCAGGACUUCAAGAUGCCUCGGGAAAUCAUAACUCUACAACUUGGACAGUGCGGGAACCAAAUCGGCUUUGAGUUUUGGAAGCAACUGUGUGCAGAGCAUGGCAUCAGUCCAGAGGGCAUCGUCGAGGAAUUUGCCACCGAAGGGACCGACAGGAAGGAUGUUUUCUUCUAUCAGGCCGAUGACGAGCACUACAUCCCCCGUGCAGUCCUCCUGGAUCUGGAGCCUCGAGUGAUCCACUCCAUCCUCAAUUCUCCUUACGCCAACCUAUACAACCCCGAGAAUAUCUACCUGUCCGAGCAUGGCGGAGGGGCCGGGAACAACUGGGCCAGCGGGUACUCGCAGGGUAAAAAAAUCCAAGAGGACAUUUUUGACAUCAUUGACCGCGAGGCAGAUGGGAGCGACAGUCUGGAGGGAUUUGUCCUGUGUCAUUCCAUCGCUGGGGGGACAGGCUCCGGUCUGGGGUCGUACCUGCUGGAGAGGCUAAACGACAGGUACCCGAAGAAGCUGGUGCAGACCUACUCGGUCUUCCCCAACCAGGAUGAAAUGAGCGACGUGGUGGUGCAGCCGUACAACUCGCUGCUGACCCUCAAGAGGCUCACGCAGAAUGCCGAUUGCGUGGUGGUGCUGGACAACACGGCGCUGAAUCGCAUCGCCACAGACCGGCUGCACAUCCAGAACCCGUCCUUCUCGCAAAUCAACCAGCUGGUGUCUACCAUCAUGUCGGCGAGCACCACAACCCUGCGCUACCCGGGCUACAUGAACAACGACCUCAUCGGCCUCAUCGCCUCGCUCAUCCCCACGCCGCGCCUCCACUUUUUGAUGACGGGCUACACGCCGCUCACCACCGACCAGUCGGUGGCCAGCGUGAGGAAGACCACCGUGCUGGACGUGAUGAGGAGGCUCCUGCAGCCCAAGAACGUGAUGGUGUCCACGGGCAGAGAGCGCCAGCCCAACCAUUGUGAAACUGGACUUUUUUUUUUUUUUUUUUAUCAGGUGCACAAAAGCCUCCAGAGGAUCCGGGAGCGUAAACUGGCCAGUUUCAUCCCUUGGGGUCCUGCCAGCAUCCAGGUGGCAUUGUCCAGGAAGUCGCCGUAUCUGCCCUCCGCCCAUCGCGUCAGCGGCCUGAUGAUGGCCAACCACACCAGCAUCUCCUCCCUGUUCGAGCGGACGUGUCGGCAGUACGACAAGUUGCGCAAGCGCGAGGCCUUCCUGGAGCAGUUCCGCAAGGAGGAUAUCUUCCAGGACAACUUCGACGAGCUGGACAACUCGCGCGAGGUGGUGCAGCAGCUGGUGGAUGAGUACAGCGCCGCCACGAGGCCCGACUACAUCUCCUGGGGAACGCAGGAGCAGUGAACGGACAAACACAACAGAUGAAAUGACUCCAAUUAAGUGUUCGAUUCUGUCUUUUCCAGCACUGACAUACAACUGAUUGCCCUCUUUUUUUUUUUGCCCUUAUUUUCAUGCUUUGUGCGCUUCCCAGUAAACCGUCCCGCGAAGCCUGGCCUUGACGCAGUGCAUGAUGGGUAACCGCAAUCAGAGGCAGCAUCUGGUUACGUGCGAAAAGUGUUGAACGAAAGCAUACCAUCCUUUUGGCUGGAAAGUGGCAUUUUAAAAGAUCAAAUCAGGUUCUGCACUGACAAAAGAACUGAAGACACUUAAUGGACAUUUCAUUAGGUACAGUACAAAAUGGCCACAUGUCAAAAGAUGAUGAUGUCGAUGCUUGCUUUUUGACUUUUGCUGUCAGAAAAGUCGUUCACGUCGUUUAGCUAAUGUUUACCAGAGCGAGAGUUUGCGAAAUGUUUCCUGUUACGUUGCUUGUUGGGCCUAUUUAAAAAAAAUAUAAUACAUUUUCGA